AUGGCUCACAGUUCAGGAGCAAACUAUUCACUGAAUGUUGUUGGAAUCAAACAUCAACUGACCGCGCCUUAUACGCCACAAGAAAAUCCUACGGAACGCGUAAACAGAACCAUAAAGACGUUGAUGUCUCAAAUUGUCCAUAACGAACAACGCAAAUGGGAUGAAGUGUUACCAGAAAUCGCUUUCGCAAUCAACACUGCAAAAUCAGAUUCCACUGUGUUCAGCCCUGCGUUUUUGGUACAAGGACGCGAAUUAAGACUACCAGCAACCGUAUUUAACGAAUAUACACCUGGAAUAGGGGAUUGUUUUAAUUCACCAUGCAACAAAAGCAAUAAAUUGGAACAAAUCUUUAAAAUCGUAAAACAAAAUCUCCACAAAGCUGCGUCAACACAAGCCCGCUACUAUAAUCAACGGCGUAGAAAAUGGAAACCACAACUACAACAAUUAGUAUUGGUCAAACAACAUUACUUAUCCAAAGCAAGCAACGACUUUUCCGCGAAAUUAGCUCCCAAAUUCGAUGGUCCGUAUCGGGUUCAAAAAUUCAUAUCGCGUGUCAUCACAGAAUUAGUCUCUAUUAACACUGGUAAAUGUAUAAAGUCGCAUAUGGCCGACCUUAGGGUGUACUACGGCAAAUAA